AACCUCACACACGCAAACACUCACACACGCAAACACACACACACACACACACACACACUCUCUCUCUCUCUCUCUCUCUCUCUCAUAUCAUGGACAGCCCACCCACCGUUUUGAACAAACCACCGCCACCUUUCCCAGCACCGCCGCGAAGCGUCGACUUCUCUGCCCUCGAAUUCAUCCUUGGCCUCUUCGCCGUCAUCACCAUCCCCGCUCUCAUCUACGCCUUCUUCUUCGCCAUCAAGUGCCCUUCCAACCCUUUCCGCCGGCGACCCCGCAGGACCUCCACCACCGUCCCCAGCCCCACCCAACACGAACCCAACACCGAAAACAAAAACGACGUCAUUUCGGAGCUCAAUUACCAGAAGGAAACUCACGUUAAGGAAAUCGGAACUGAGUGCCCUGUUUGCUUGUCUCUGUUUGCCGACGGCGAGGAGGUCCGGCAGCUCUGCGUCUGCAAACACUCUUUCCACGCUCUGUGCAUAAACAUGUGGCUUAAGGAACACUCCAACUGCCCCAUUUGUCGAGCUUCGGUUGCAGUUGAUCGGAGCAGUAGUAAUAAUCGGACGGCGGGUGCUGCAGCUAGAGGUAGUGAUGAUCUGCAACAAGGUUUGCCUGAUGAUUCUGCCAUGGUUUGACUAUUAAUUGUUUCUGGGUUUUGGUGGCUUAAUUCUUUUGCUCUUUUUCUGUUAAGUUAUUCAAAAACUCGCCGACAAAAGUUGUAAACCUGCAGCUGGUAUUUUAUUAGCUUUUAGUGAUGAGAAUUAGGGUUUGAGAGAAAUGUAGAAACGAGUAGUUAAUCUAUGAUUUCAAUAAUUUGAAGACCCUUCGAAAUUUGAACUUUCA